AACUCGCUCAAGGAUCUAGUCCUCGUAUCGGCUAAUGUGUCAGAAGCUCCGUGUAUCGGCCCAAUAUCAUAGCUGACAGGCACCGAUAGUACAGCCUCACCGAAUCGGCCACCGAUGGACUGUGGUGAUGAGGGUCUCACAAUUUCACGGUGCAUUUUGGACUGACGUGAAUGACUUCUAUUUGGUACAUGAAACCAUCUAGACGCAACUUACACUCCAAACAUUUCCUCUCCAUGUUAAGGCAAAAUGUCGAGUCCCAAAGUUGCUAUUAUCGGAGCUGGCCCUGCUGGUCUUACUCUCGCCAGUAUAUUGCAUAAAAACUCUAUAAAUGUCACUUUGUAUGAUUUAGAUGCCGAUAGAUAUUCCAGAAACAGCGGCGGAUCACUUGACAUUCACCCUGACUCGGGACAACGAGCAUUAAAAGAAGCCGGGCUUUUGGAUGAGUUCUUGAAGUACGCACGUCCAGAGGGAGAAACGCUCCGAAUCAUCGCUCCAGAUGGAACGACAUUGAUGGACGAAAGCCGAGGUGAUGAAGGUCGCCCAGCAGACGAGUUCGCCAACCGUCCUGAGAUUGAUAGACGGCAACUACGCAGCAUGUUGCUAGAUUCUCUGAACGACUCAGUCAUUCAAUGGAAAUCUAAACUGCUACGUGUUGAGGACAAUCCGGGCCAAAAGCUCAAGCUACACUUCGCAGACCGCACCGAGGAGGGCUUCGACUUUGUCAUCGGCGCUGAUGGCGCGUGGUCAAAAGUUCGCUCUCUUCUUUCUGACGUGAAGCCCUUCUAUUCCGGCGUGGGAGGUCUUGAGUGCCAUAUCACCGACGCAGAUGCAAAGCACCCAAUGUUAGCACAGCAUGUUGGCAAUGGCAUGUGUCUCAAUCUUGGCUCUGAUAAGGGUAUCAUGUGCCAACGAAACGGUGAUGGUGGCAUUCAAGCAUACGCAUUCGCUCGCCUCCCUGAGACAUGGUAUCAAACUUGUGGGAUCAGCUUCACGGAUCAAACGGCGCGAAAGGCCGUUGCUGAUGCUUUGUUCGCCGACUUCAGUGAGAAUUUGCAAUCUUUGAUUCUGGAGAGUGACGAUGACACUGUCGGCCGGCCUCUUUAUCAAUUACCGGUCGAUUUCACCUGGUCGAAUAACCCUAGAGUCACGCUUGUCGGAGAUGCAGCUCAUUUAAUGACACCAUUUGCGGGAGUAGGCGUGAAUGUGGCCAUGCAGGAUUCUCUGGAGCUGGCCUUGGAGAUCAUCUCUGCAAACAAAUCUGGAUACUUUGGAAGUGCACUGGAGAACUACGAGCUCAAAAUGUGGAAGCGAGCACGACAGAACGCCGAGCAAACGAUGAUGUACUUGAACUUGUUCUUCCAUCACCGCGGCGGUAUCGCUAUGGUGGAGUACUUUGCAGAGAGGCAGAAAGCCAUGAGGCUGAAAGAGGCGCAUGGAAAGGACAUGGCCAGUGUUCAGACUAUUGAGCAAAAGACAAUUGUGGACUAGCUACUUGAUACGAGUAGUAGGAUCGCUGUUACUCAGCCUGCCGAUUGAUUAAAAGCCGUGCGCAUAUUUUAGAAAAAGCAAAGAAAGAGAACUGAACUCAGAGU